CACUACACGAAGUUAGCCGGUGAACUUUUCCUCCACCCCCUCACUCUGCGACUCCUGAGCGCUCUUCUCUGCGGUCCGUCGUCUCCUCCAUGUAGCAUCAAUGCCGAAACCUUCGUCCACAACUCGGGUCGUCGUCGCCUUCUGUGCCUGCGUCCAUUGCUAGGCGAUGGACGGCCAGCAGAUCCUGGUGAGCGACGAAGAGCCCAAAGUCCUGCGAGAGGAGGCCCGGAGGAGGCGGAGGAAGAAGGCCAUCACGUCGUCCCCCAGCACCUCCAUGGACCAGAUCGCCGUGGAGUUCGUCCUGCCGACGGCAGCGCGCGCGGGGAACGGCCCCGACACCCUGCUGCUGGAGGUCGCCGGCAACUGGACCGUGGAACAGGUGAAAGCUCAGGUGUGGCUGAAGGCGGUGACGUCCAACCUCUGUCCCGACUUCUACCAGAGGUUUUCCCCCGACCACUGCAUCCUGCUCUACCCGAAGAAAGGCAACAUGUGCGAGAUCUACGACAAGCACCAGGUCUUCCAGACGCUCGACUGUAUCCGCUACUGGAGAGCCCUGAAGAAGGACGUGGGGCGGAUCCAGCUAGUGCCCCGCCCCCAGCCCUCGGACGAGUCCGCGCAGUACCAGCGCUACCUGAACUACCUGAUCGGCUACGACGUGACCGACGUCAGCAACGUGCACGACGACGAGCUGGAGUUCACGCGCAGGAAGCUGCUGACGCCGCGCCGCGUCGAGCUGUCCGACCGCGACCCGCGGCUCUACUCCGUGGACCCCUGGGUGACCCGUAAGCCACUGCCCGAGCACCUGCUCAGCAAGGUGAGCAACAAUCACAUCCUGCUGGUGAUCCAUAUCAGCACAGUCAGCCAGACCAUCAAGGUCUCCAUCGACGACACGCCGGCACAGGUGUUGGCAAGUUUUUUCGCCAAGAUGGCAAAUAAACGUCUCUUGCUGGGCAUCCCCGAGGACGUGUGCGAGGCAGACUACGUCCUGCGCGUGUGUGGCAGGGAAGAGUACCUGUACGGGGGCAAACCUCUGCAGAACUUCAACUGGAUCCGUCAGAGCAUGAAGAAUGGCGAAGAGAUCCACCUGGUUCUGGAGACGCCCCCAGAUCCCGAUCUGGAUCUGGUACAGAAGGAGGACUGGGCCCAGGUGGACGACUGCACGGGCGUCGCAGGCACCCACGAGCAGUUGACCAUCGACGAGAAAGACCACGAGCGGGUGUUCACCAUCUCCAUGUGGGACUGUAACAGGAAGUUCAGGGUGAAAGUGCUGGGUAUCGACAUCCCGUCCCUGCCCAAAGUCCCCGAGUUCAUCGUCUUCAUAGAGGCCAGCAUCUUCCACGGCCAGCAGCUGUUGGCCCAGGAGAGGACGACCUCCAAAACCUUCAACGAAGAAGUGCUGUGGAACUGCUGGCUAGAGUUCAACAUAAAGAUCAAGGACCUGCCGAAGGGGGCGCGCCUCAACCUGCAGGUGGUGUGUGGGAAACAACCACAGAUGUCAAACUCCAAGGGAAGCUCGUACCAGGACAAUACAGCAGGAGGAGGAGGAAGCAGCCAUGACGCAAAGACCAAGAGUCGCCUCCUGUACUAUGUCAACCUGCUCCUGAUCGACCACCGAUCGCUGCUCCGCCAGGGCGAGUUCAUCCUCCACAUGUGGAAGAUGCCCGAGAAGAGCGAGGAGAGCAGCAGCAGCAUCAACGCUGACAAGCUCACCUCAGCAACCAACCCGGACAAGGCCUCAUCCAUGGCGGUCGCCAUUUUGCUGGACAAGUAUUGUUACCCAGUGGUGCUGCCCAAGAGCCGCGACGCGAGCCGGGCGGCGCCGGCCGCAGCCGAGGACGCCGAGGCUGGGGAGCGGGGCCAGAGGGAGAUGCCCAACCACCUGAAAAAGCAGUUCGAGGCCAUCGUGGCGACCGACCCCCUGCAUCCGCUCAGCCCUGAGGACAAGGAGCUGCUCUGGCACUUCAGGCACGAGUGUCUGCGCGACCCCAGGGCGUACCCAAAGCUGCUGAGCUCGGUCCGUUGGGGGAAACAGGAAGAUGUUUUGGCAACGCACCGCCUGUUGGAGCGGAGCAGUGCAUGGGACAGCAGCGGCCUGGACGUCGGUCUGGCCAUGCAGCUGCUGGACUGUCACUACUCGGACGCUCAGGUCCGCUCCAUGGCCGUGAGGAAGCUGGAGACUCUGGAGGAUGACGACGUGCUCCGAUAUCUCCUGCAGCUUGUACAGGCGGUCAAGUUUGAGCCCUACCAUGAUAGUGCCCUGGUGAGGUUCCUGCUGAAGAGAGCUCUGAGGAGUAAGCGUAUCGGUCAUUUUCUCUUCUGGUUCCUGCGCAGCGAGAUCGCCCAGUCCAUGCAUUACCAGCAGCGGUACGCCGUCCUGCUGGAGGCCUACCUCAGAGGGUGCGGGGAAGCCAUGCUUCAGGACUACAGGAAACAGGUGGAGAUGACAGAGGCUCUGCAGAAAGUCACCCGUGAGAUGAAGGCCAUGUCCGCUGACAAAUAUGACAUCACUGCACAAGUGGUGUUUCAGUUGCGUCAGAAGCUGGAGACUCUGCAGUCGUCUGGUCUGCCCGAGAAUUUCAGAGUCCCUUAUGAUCCUGGACUGAGAGCUGGAGCCCUGAUGAUUGAGCAAUGCAAAGUGAUGGCGUCCAAGAAGAAGCCAUUGUGGCUGCAGUUCAAACGGGCUGACCCCACCACUCUGUCCAAAGACCCUAUCGGCAUCAUCUUCAAAGACGGCGAUGACCUCAGGCAGGAUAUGCUCAUCCUGCAGAUUCUGUUGAUCAUGGAGUCGAUCUGGGAGACUGAAUCUCUGGAUCUCUGCCUGUUACCGUAUGGCUGCAUAUCCACUGGAAACAGAAUAGGUAUGAUAGAGAUCGUAAAGGACGCCACCACCAUCGCUAACAUCCAGCAGAGCGUCGUCGGGAGCACAGGCGCUUUUAAAGACGAGAUCCUCUAUCAGUGGCUGCGAGACAAGUGUGUCAACGAGGACAAGUUCCAGCAGGCUGUGGAGAGGUUUCUAUAUUCCUGUGGUGGCUACUGUGUGGCCACAUACGUCCUGGGAAUCGGGGACCGCCACAAUGACAACAUCAUGAUCACUGAAUCUGGGAAUCUCUUCCACAUCGACUUUGGUCACAUCCUGGGGAAUUACAAGAGCUUCAUGGGAAUCAGCAAGGAGUGGGUUCCCUUCGUGCUCACACCCGACUUCCUGUAUGUCAUGGGAACAUCGGGGAAGAAAAGUAGCCCCCACUUCCAGAAAUUCCAGGAUGUGUGUGUGAAGGCUUACCUCGCCCUUCGGCACCACACCAACCUGCUCAUCAUCCUCUUCUCCAUGAUGCUGAUGACCGGCAUGCCCCAGCUGACCAGCAAGGAGGACAUUGAGUACAUCCGCGAGGCCUUGACUGUCGGUCGCAACGAGGACGAGGCCCAGCGCCAUCUACUGGACCAGAUAGAGAUAUGCAGGGAGAAAGGCUGGAUGGUUCAGAUCAACUGGUUUGUUCACCUGGUGCUGGGUAUCAAGCAGGGUGUGGACAAACGGUCCACUUAGUACGAGGCGGGAAAGACUCCGACUUCAACCUGUUCCUCUUGAAGACCGUGUGUGUAAAUUUUGUGGAAGUCAAGUCCAUCAAAACCAAAUCGUUUAAACUCCUGAAAAAAGAAUAGAGCUUUAAAACAAGAACUAGAUCAGGUCAACGCUACUGAGUGAGGAAAAAGUGUAAGUUAAUGAAAUCGUGAGGAUUUGCAGGCCCUGGAGAUUCCAGGGCCUGCAGACUUUGCCACCAAGGUGCGCAAGUGCUCAAUUAAAGGGGCAGUAAAAGCAAAGCAAUACACGUUUUGUUAAAAAUCAAUAUUUCCUCACGGCCCGUUAGCUGUCGUUUCUGUGUUUCGUGCCGGGGAAAAAAAUCCAUUUUUUUCGGCUCAUCCCAGGCUCUGUCAAUUGCAAACAACAACAAAAAUCACUCGUCGACACCUUAAGAGACAUGCUGGUGAGUGACGCUGUAACUCUGCGGUUUUUGCCUAGUGGUUAGGGCAUCGGAUUCUCACACACCAGAGGUCAUGGAUUCGCGGCCCGGCCAGAGCAGUAAAAUCACAACAACAAGAGAGAAACAAGCUUUUCUUCCCAAAAUCGCUUACUGCCCCUUUAAAUUAACUUUAACCGGAACAUUUGUCUCCCCCUUCUGGCAACGAGAGGAAUUACACGUCUAAUAACACGUCCUCGAUGCAGAACGUUUUCCUUUUUAGACUGUAAUCCUUCCUAAGCAAACAAAGCAAAAAAUGAAUUAUUACAUGGUUUUUAUUUUUUUUUUUUCCUAUUAGUUUUAGCCUACUCCAUCUCAGUUGCAACAGUUGUUUCCAUCUUCAGCUCUGGCUAAACAAUCAUCUCUGGUAAAAUGCAUCACUACCUAUGUUUAAAGCCACUGAUUUAAAUCUGUGCUUUACUUCUAAAUACAGAGAGAGUAACCUGGUGCUGACAGGCUCAGUCAGCAUCGUGUGAUCUCGUUUAUAUAUAAAUACUGAAGAGUCUCGCAGUCCAGCUUUAAUAAUAUUCAUUGCUGAAGAUAAUCAAGGCAGCGCAGUAAAAAGAGUUUUUCAAUGCAUUGCUUAGACCAAGUCCAGCAUCCACACCAAGCUCAGAAAAUAACAUUCAUAGGAGGUGUGUAUUUUUUAUUUUGCUACAAUAGCAACAAUAUGACAAAUCAUAAGUCUUUGCCUGCUGUAAGAGUAACCUCUAGUCUUAGAAACUGAUCAUGCAACUCCCAAGGUUGUCAGAUAAGAAACUUUUUUACUGUUUCCUGGCGUGAGGAAUCCGUUCUCUGACCUGUUUCCACUUGAUUCAUUCCAUCUCUGCUGAGGAAACACAUUUCUCUCAAGUUCUCUUUGCCUUAUUAGCCUCUUAAACAUAAUAGAUGUCCCACUGUUUAUUGAAUUCUUACUGAAGUCGUGCUGCACUGUCCCCUGAAACGUACUGUUCUAUCGAAGAUUAAAGGAUCAGUCUGUUAAAUAGAUAGAAACAUGUUUAAUAGUCAAAGCACCUGGUUAAAAUGAAUAUUAUGCAAGUAAGUAAUUAUUAAAUUAGCAGGAUUCUCCUGCUCAAACAUUGGUAGUGGAAUAUUAAUUAAGUGUUUUUGAUGAUUUAAAAAAUAUAUAUAUACACCAAUCUUUUUUUAUUUGCACUCACUGUUAAUGAAGGAUUUUUUACAUUAAAGACUCGGUGCUGAUGAAAUUUUGAUUCCAAAAACAUGCACUAAAAGUCGUAUUUGACUAUGCUGAUUUGUAACUACUGUAGAAUGCCACAGUGGCCUGUGACAUUGAGCACGUGCUGGCCAGUGCUGUAGUCACCUGUUAAAUAGGAGAAUGUAAUAUAUAGUUGUUUUUUUAUGCCACAUCAUAUUCUCAAGCAAAGAAAAAAAACACCCUUAUAAGAUGACAACAAGAUCAUAAUCCACACGACUUGCAGACGUUUUGUGUAAAAUCACAGCUGAGCAGAGACUGAGGCAAAGUUAGGAGACUAAAGUGGCAACCCAUGAUCUAAGUAGCUUUUAUUGUUGAUAAAUGUCACUUCUUCUUUUUUUUUAUGGAGUGUGCCCUGUGUGCCUGUCAACAUUUUCAAUUGAUUCUGGAAAUGAAUUAACUGGAACGUGUUCCCUUUUUUGUGAAAUGGUGUUAGAAAAUUAAAGUGAUGUGCCAUAA